AUGAGCAACAUUAAAUUUUUUAGCUUUGCAAAGGUUACAAGCGAUAAACUAAUUUAUAAUGCUGGAAACGAAAAGUCAAUGGAUGAAACAUACAAAGCUGAAGCCAUUAAAGUAAUGAGGGAAAUAAAAAACAUUGGUCUGAACUUCGAUGAACGUUAAAAAAUUAAUACAGGCAGUGGAUCAUGGUUCUGCAAAAUUGACAGCAAGAAUAUUUUAUAUUUGGUUUUAUGUACCAGCAGCUACCCUGAAAGACAUGCUUAUGGAAUGAUUUAAUAACUACAAAAUCACUUAGAAAAGCUAGCUGAUUAUGGAAACGAAGAUGAUACAAGUCUUAAGUUCCAUGCUAAAUCUACUAUGAAUGAUUUAAGUACAAAGUACAAUGACUUAAGAAAAGUGGACAAAAUUUAUGAAGUGAAUUAAAAUUUAUAAGAUGUUUAAUAAUAAAUGGAAAAAAAUGUUAGGAAUAUGAUUGAAAAUUAAACUAAUCUCGAAAAUUUAGACACUCGUUCUCAAAGCAUGAAGAUGACUUCUUAGCAGUUAUUAUCAAACUCAAAGGAAUUAGAAAGUAUUAUGAAAUGGAGAAAUUUUAAAUUAAAUUUAAUUAUUUGCUUUGUAAUUCUAGGCGUAUUAGCAUAUAUCUUAGUGCCCAUAAUUAUGAAGUAUGCAAACUGA